UUUUCACCGGCGUCCAUAUACCUUGGCAUGCUGGCAGUUCUCUAUAUACCGUGGUGCUGGCCGUGUUGCUUUGCUUUUGCGUGUUACAUUAUAUUAAUAGGGUUGGACGCUUGAGCCUGACGGCUACGCACCCUAAUCCAGGAAGAAGAAGAAUAUUAUAAAUAGGAGAAUUUCUUCAUUUUCAUUGCGUAAUCAGUAGACCUUGGCAUCAACAGGUCAUUCGCAAGUGGUUUGUAUCUCAAAGGUCGCCCAGGCUAGGGUUACAAUGCCUCCAAGAUUUCCAGAUGAGGUGGAUGUUUUUUCAGUGCCUCAUUCGAGGAUGAGAGACUUAGUGAGGAUGUACAAAAGUCAGCUGUCCACCACGGAUUUCAACAACUCCGUGAACAUGUCCGGCUUCCUGAGCACGCUGCUGGCAACGUUCAAGGAGUUCCAGCAGCACGAGCAGAUCGAGAACCGGUUCAUCAUGGACCGGCUGAAGCGGCGCCUGAACGCCCUCUCGGUGUACAACUCGGCCGUGUGUAACUGCCACCAGGACAACCGGCUGACAGAGAUGCUGGAGAUGGUGCGUGGUGGGCUGGACAGCGGCCGGCACGACCAGGACGAGUUCGUUCGGCAGCUGCGGCGCAAACUGGACGAGUUCACCGACAACUUCCUGCCGCACAUGAAGGAGGAGGAGGAGAUCUUCCAGCCGCUGCUCAUGAAGUACUUCGGCUACGACGAGCUGCGCGAGCUGAAGCAGGACGUGCUGCAGAACCACCAGCUCUCCGAGAAGGUGGACCUGCCGGAGAAGGCGCCCGAGCCGGUGCCGCUGCCGCUCGCGGUGCCGCGUCCCGCCGCGGUCGCUGAGCCGGCGCCGGUGCCGCGGCUGCCGCCUGAAGUUCUGACGCUCAUCUUCUGCCACCUGCGGCCGCCGGACCGUGCGGCGUGCGCGGCCGUCUGCCGCCAGUGGCGCUCGGCCAGCCUCGCGCCGCGCCUGUGGAGGAGCCUCAGCCCGGCGGCGCCCGCAGCCGACUGUGACGCUGCUCAGAGUGACGCCAUCGAGGAGCUGAUGCUGCAGUCGGCGCUCCAGAGCAAGCUGCUCGAUAUGGACGCAGAUGUGGACGAGUGUGACCCGUACUACGGCUCCGUGCAGAGGCGCGACGACUCCCACGCGGCCGCCGAGCAGCGCCGGAGACUCAAAAGCCUGACGGCGCACACGCUGCCGCUGGUGGGUCAGUACGUGCAGAAGCUGGUGCUGGCCGGCUGCCAGGGUCUGGGCAGCACCCAGCUGCGCCAGCUGCUGGUCCUCUGUCCGAACGUGCGCCACCUGGACGUGAGCUACACACCCAUCGGCGACUGCUCCUUCAAAAGACUGCCGCCGGCGGCGCUGCAGCGGCUGGAGCACGUGGAUCUGUCGGGCUGCGAGCGGCUGACGGACCGCUGCGUGGACCGGCUGGUCGACCAGCUGGACCUCCACUGCCCGCCGCCGCCGCCGGCCGCAGAACACGCCGACAUCGAGGAGGCGGGCGGCUCCGCGCCGCCGGACGCCGACUGCUACGACUGCGAGAGCCACGAGGAGUGCAGCGCGCCGCCGCCGGCCGUCCGCUGCCGGCUGGCGCGCGACAAGAACGGCCGUCUGCUGGUGCCGGCGUCGGGCGGCUGCGGCGGCUGCCGGCCGGGCGCCGGGCCGCGGCUGACCCACCUGCUGCUCUCGGGCUGCCAGCGGCUGACGUCGGCGGCCGUGUGGCGGCUGGCCGGCUGCCGCGCCGUCUGCUCCCUGCGCCUGCUGGACGUCAGCGGCUGCUGGCGGCUGACGGGCGCGGCGCUGCGCGCGCUGGCCGCCGCCGCGCCGCGUCUGGACGCCGAGCGGCUCUGGUACUGCGACCAGAUCGGCGACGGACCGCACCCGGACACCGCCAACGGCUGCGACAACGUCGAGUGCCCGAUCCGCCACUGCUGCCGCAACAAGUGAGCGGCUCGUCGCUGAAAAGUGAACCGUUUUUACUUCUACGGCUCUCGUUUGCGCUAAAAAGACUUCAUUCACAUGAGUUGAGCACCUCUCCGCCGUCCACACGCACCCUGUUCUGUGCUGCGCCCGCCGCUCCGCUGUGUUAGGAUUGUUGUAUUGCCAUAGUGAUACUAUAAUUUCUAUGACUUUGUAAUACUUUGUGCCAUUCGUGGAGCGUCACUGUCACUUUCCUCUGUGAAAGUGUCGCGACGCUUCGCUGGAGAAUCUCCAUAAGACACGUUUGUUCCCGUUGCUUUGCCCUGCUGCGCUGGAUCCGCCUGUUUCUCGCUCCUGUUAUAGGAUAGAUAAAUAGCACUUUAUCGAAGUCUAGGUAUAGAAUCUAUGCUGCUCUCUGUUCCCCGCCUGUCGAGGUGAGCAGGCCGGAGGUUUGAUGUGCAGUUGUAUUGACAAACUCGUCGGUAUUGCCACGCGCUGAAUUACGGGCAGUGGUCGUGUGAGCCGCGCGGCUUUGUUCCUGUCUGAACGUCACAAGAAGACGCAUCACGCGGUGCACCAGUGGCUCUAGGCGUCCGCAUGAUGAACUCUGAAGACACCGCAAUGCACUCAUCGUCUGUCGGCGUGGCGGUCGCUCCACUGCCCACGACACGGCAGUUGGAACUGUGAGCGAGUUUUCUGCAUCGCAUGCCAUUUGCACGAUCCCCGGGCGGCUGUGGUUGCCGGGACGUGAGAGACGUGUGUGUCGAAAGGUUUAAUCCCUUUUGGGCUGUGAUUGGAGGAGCGGGUCUGUGUCUGCCGGUCAGCUUUGUGGACCGCCUCCUCGCGGCGUGUGAGAGAACGAAGGCGGGAGCGCAGUUGACAACAUGCUCGAUCCGCUUAGAAAUAUUCAGCACCAAAAGUCAAUAAACCUUGUUUUCAGUA